CCGUAUAGUGGUUCAUCGUGGCCCGUGGUGACGGGUCGCGCCAGUUUCGACCCGGACCCGUACGCUGCUACGCUGACGUGGCUCCCGGAAGAGGGCUGGCGUAGGGUGGCCAUGUUGCAGCAGGAUAGUAAUGAUGACACUGAAGACGUUUCACUGUUUGAUGCGGAAGAGGAGACGACUAAUAGACCAAGAAAAGCCAAAAUCAGACAUCCAGUAGCAUCGUUUUUCCACUUAUUCUUUCGAGUCAGUGCAAUCGUCGUCUAUCUUCUCUGUGAGUUGCUCAGCAGCAGCUUUAUUACCUGUAUGGUGACAAUUAUCUUGCUGUUGUCAUGUGACUUUUGGGCAGUGAAGAAUGUCACAGGUAGACUAAUGGUUGGCCUACGUUGGUGGAAUCACAUUGAUGAAGAUGGAAAGAGCCAUUGGGUGUUUGAAUCUAGAAAGGAGUCCUCUCAAGAGAAUAAAACUGUGUCAGAGGCUGAAUCAAGAAUCUUUUGGUUGGGACUUAUUGCCUGUCCAGUGCUGUGGGUGAUAUUUGCCUUUAGUGCACUCUUCUCCUUCAGAGUAAAGUGGUUGGCGGUGGUUAUCAUGGGUGUGGUGCUACAAGGUGCCAACCUGUAUGGUUACAUCAGGUGUAAGGUGGGCAGCAGAAAGAAUUUAACCAGCAUGGCUACUUCAUAUUUUGGAAAGCAGUUUUUAAGACAAAACACUGGAGAUGAUCAGAGUUCCUGAAUAGAGAAAGCUCAUGUGCUUUGUUACAUUGGGGAACAACUGAAGAGAUUCUUGACUGAACCUUUUAGAGCUUAGUCCCUGUUGCAACGAGGAGUGUUGGAACAAGUUAGAGAUGAUAGAAGAAGAACUUUAAACAGAAUAAAUGUAACGGAGCAAAGAAUGUUUCAUGGGAAUUGGGCUUUGCUCUGAAACAUGCGCAGUGAGUAUUCACAGGCAGAAAAAGGCUGAAUGCAGAAACAAAGAACACAAAGUGGAUUGGUUGUUUCAAAGUUACUUUCCUUGUGAAGGUUAAAGGAGAGGGAACUUCCUUAUCAGGCAGGCUAAAAUUGGCUGUUUGGAGAUGUGACUAUUAUCUCCCUCUCUCUCCUGAUUUCUUGGAAGGUCAGAUAAACGACGUAGUUUUGGCUUGGUGGCCUGGAACUUUACCGGGAGUAACUCCAUUUUGGCUUGGUCUUCUGGGGCCUAGUACAGGAACUUACAUCAAACCAACGACCUCCUAUAAAUUUUAUUUAACAGAGAUCGUAAGUUUAUGAGCCGGUAUUUACUUUGGCAUUCAUUUCUAAUUUAUAGUUAAAACACAUCCUGUUAUUUAUUUUUUUCACAUAAUUGUUGAAAUCCAACACUGCUGUGGAUGAGUCUUAAUGUUUUUUAAACAUUUCUUCUGCGAUGUUGCCGUUCUCCACAAGCCCUAGUUCCCUCUUGCUUGUAGCAUGCACUUAGUCCUCUAGAUGGCAAUAUGCUAACAUAUGAUGUAAAUGAAACAAACGUGUACUGGAGCACCCAAUUUACUUGGUUUAGUAAGAAAUGAUGGUUUUCCUAUAAGUGGUGAGUUAGGACUAAAUCCAUGCAUCUUAUUGUGAAAUUAGUCAAAAUCAGUGCCAGGGAAUGAAUAGAUGUUGAAUAAAUAAGUACAAUGUAAUACCCACAGUGUACUAGAGAUCAAGCAAGAUAGGUACUGUAGACACAGACAUAAGAAGAACUAUGUGUGAUAUUUGUCUACCUUCCUGAUCUCGGCAAACCCUGCCAUUUAACAAGUGAGGAAACUGAGGAUUGGAGAAUCAGUAGCUUUCCUGGGGUCAUAUAACUAGAGAGAGGUGAAGCCAGGACUUGUCAAUGGUGAGGCUUCGAUGAUGAGCUUGAAUUUAAGAUAUGUCAGAUUUGAAGCCAAUGGAUCAUAUCAAAGUGCAAAGUGCAGUGGAAACCUGGAACUCAACCUUAGGAUUAGGCUAAAGGUAUACAUUUAAGAGGCAUCUCUGUAGAGCAGAGUCAAAGCUGUAACAAUGUAGGAGUGGUCUGCGGCAACUCUGUCUGUGAAGCUGAAGUGUAAUUCCCAAAGACCAAGGUGAUAUGGCAGAGGGUAAAGGGCAUACACAGUGCAGACAAACCUGAGUUUAAAUCCUGGCUUCAUACUUGGUUGCUGUGUUGUUCAUGGGCAUUUAACCUCUUAAAUAUCAUGAUAUACUUAAUCUCUUUGACUCUUUGCAAUAACCCUAUGAGGGAGAUACUAUCUCCAUUUUACAGAUGAGGAAACAGGGUUAGAGAAUGUAGGAGUUGACCCAAGGUCCUGGUGCAUCUAGCACAUGAUGGAUCCAAGGUUCCUAUCUGGACAGUCUGCCUUAGGCUUACAAUGCUAAGCACCACAUGCAGUUUCCCCAAUCAUACACCUUAGGACGCCACCUUUGUAUGUGGGUCUCCUUGUGCCAGAGAUGAACGUGGGUGCGUGCACACACACACACACACACACACACACACAGAGAGAGACAGAGAGAGAGAGAGAGAGAUUUAUUUCAAGGAGUUGGCUUACACAGUUGUGGGAACUGACAAAUCCAAAUUCUGUAGGGCAGGCCAGCAGGCUGGAACGCUCAAGCAGGAGCUGAUGUUGCAAUCUUGAGGUCAACUUUCCACUUCCUCAGGGAAAUCUUAGUUUUGUUCUUAAGGCUUUUAACUGACUGGAUGAGACAUUCCCACACAGUGAAAGGGCAAUCUAUUUUACUUAAUGUUAACAGAUUGUAGAUGUUAGCCACAUCUAUAAAAUAGCUUCAAAGCAAAAAACACCUACAUUAGUGUUUGAUUAAAUAACUCAGUACUAGCCAAGUUGACACAAAAAAUUAACCAUCACACGCCUCCAGCUGUCUGUAAAUGCUAUGACAGCAGGAAGCCUAUCUUUCUCAUUCGCCUUCCAUUGUCAGUGCAUGGCCCAGUGCUGGGUACCUAAUGGCACUCAAUAAACAUUUAAUGGGCAUGUGCCUGCCUUUUAACAGUGUAGGUGAAAGCCAUUGUAUAAAUGCUGUUUUCAACUACUGACCUGUGCUAGGUACAGAUUUUCUUUUUUUUUUUUUUGAGAUGGAGUCUCGCUCUGUCACCCAGGCUGGAGUGCAGUGGCACAAUCUCGGCUCACUGCAACCUCCGCCUCACAGGUUCAAGCAAUUCUCCUGCCUCAGCCUCCUGAGUAGCUGGGACUACAGGCAUGCAUCACCACGCGCGGCUAACUUUUUGUAUUUUUAGUAGAGACAGGGUUUCACCGUGUUAGCCAGGAUGGUCUCAAUCUCCUGACCUCGUGAUCCGCCCGCCUCGGCCUCCCAAAGUGCUGGGAUUACAGGCGUGAGCCACCAUGUCCGGCCUGUGCUAGGUACAGAUUUUCAGUGUGUUCAACUCACACAUUACUUUCUCUGGGGCUCCUAUAUUCUCUUAAAUGUUUCAUAAGUUACGUCUUUAAGCCUCCUCAAAUUGAUUUUUUUUGGUAUUGUGUGAGGUAGAAUCUGUAGUAAUUUGUAUUAUUUGCUCACAAUUCUUUCUUUCCUUUCUGCCUGUGCCAUGAUUCAUUUUGGGCAGAAUAUAUUCCACUUCCCCACUGUCAUUGAGCUUAACAAUGUGACUUGUUUUGGUGAUUAGAAUGUGAGCAGAUAUAAUGUAUGUCCCACCCAAUAAGAAACUUUAAAUGUGUGGUUUGAUUUACUCUCGUGUAUUCCUUACCUGCAACAUGAGAAGUGCAUGCCCCAGGUGGCCAUACUCCUUCGGCUUGGGUCAGAGAAUGAGAGACAUGUGGAGUAGACCUGAUCUGACCUGCAGUAUGCCACAACUGACUUAUAGACCUUUGUGUGACAAAUAUAUGUUUGUUGUUAUAUGCUACUGAGAUUUGGGAAGUUGUUGGUUACACAGCAUAAUUGCAGCAACAUGACUAACACAUAAUCACAUUUCUUUUUAUUUCCCAUGUGACUAACCAAUUACUGAAAUAUCUGUCCUUUUCACAUUGAUCUCCAAUACCAACUCCAUCAUAAACUAGUAUUGCUAAUCCUUAAGGGAUGAAUUGUCCACUCCCACCCCCAAAUUCAUAUGUUGAAGUCCUAACCCUACAUUACUUUUCAAGGUGACUGUAUUUCGAGACAGGAUCUUUAAAGACAUGAUUAAGAUAAAAUGAGGUCAUAUGGGUAGGCCUUAAUUCAGUCUGACUGGUGUUCCAUAAGAAGAGGAUAUUAGGACACAGACACACACAGAAGAAGGACCAUGUGAAGACAAAGGGGAAGAUGCCGUUCACAAGCCAAGGAGAAGGGCCUUAGAGGAAACCAGCUCUGCUGACAACUUGAUCUUGGGCUUCCAGUCUCCAGAACUUGUCUUUCCCAGUCUCUUCCUAACCCCAUCCACUUCAACAUCAGAGCAACCCACAUCCCAAGAAAGACAGAAGAGGAGGCCUCUGUGGUUUGUCUUUCUUGGUCCUUCCAAUAACCAUGUAAAUCAGUGGUUCUCAAGUGUGGUCCAAGGACAAGCAGCCUUCACCAUUCCCUGGGAGUUAUUAAAAGUGCAAAUCAUGCUGUCCCACCUGGAUCUACUGAAUCAGCAACUGUGGAGAUGAGACCCAGCAGCCUGUGUUUCAACAAGUUGUCCAGGUGAUUUUUGAGAAGAGCUGUUCUAAAUAACCACUAAUUAAACCAUAAUUUCCAAUUCCUUGAAUCUU